GGACGUCAUUUCCGCCUCCCAGAACCCGGAUGAAGCUGCCAUUGGGGCAAAUGAGCAGGGCCACCGAGACUGACUGGAUUUUAAUUUAACGGAGAGGGGGGGUCGUAGCGGAUUGAAGCCCCUCUGUAUUAAUGUCGACAGGACAGCACGGAGCGCCAGCAGGGCCACGACGAGCGAAGUGUCCUCCCCCAGCAGAGAGCCCGGCUAACGGCCGCUGCUAACUGUCUGUGUGUACCAGCCUGAGCCGCUGCUGCUGCUGCUGCUGUUAGCCUCUCAGCACAGCGGAGUCGGAGCCGCUCAUCACUCUCUCUCUACGUCCCUGCAGGGCUCCACGAUAACACUACACCUGCUGGAUGAAUGAUGUCUGCCGCCAGCAUCGACCCUCAGGUAAGCAGCGGGGACAAACGCUCCGUGUUUAGUGGGGGUUUUAUCCCCACGGAGAGCUCAGAUCUUGCGAUGUUUGCAUCCCACUCUCACGACGAUGCCACCAUCAGCAGCUAGUCCGCUAGUUAGCCAACUGAGGAAACUGGUCCCUGCUGGUCUCUAAAGGCCUGGACCACAGCUACCAGUGAGCACCUGACAGGGAGAGGUUUGCAUAAAGACACGGAGCAGAUUUGUACUCUCCGUGAUGAGUGUCAGCUUUUCAAGGAGCGUGUUUUUACUGUGUCUGUGUGCUGCUGUGGAAUAAACAUUAUAGACCCAUGCAAGCUUUCUUUUUUCUCUGUCACAUGCACCCCCCUCCUCAAUAUGACCACCAAGACAUCGAAAGGACAAGAUGCAAGCAAAGGUAAGAGAAAAAUGCUCCUGGAUGAACAGAUUGUGCAACUCCAAAUAUACUUUAUAUCAGAUGGGCCUCUGUGUGAAAUUGGAGAAACUCAAUUUGAUGGUUUGCAAAUCAUUUCAGGCCUGUAUUAUAUAUUGAUAUAAGAGAGGUAUUUGUCUUCUAUCUAUGUUGAUUUCCUUGAAUUAGAUGAUUAGGGAGCCUUUAUUGUAGCAGACUAUAUUUGUUGAGCUUGGGAAACGAGACAAAACAUAUUAUAUGGCUAUGAGUUUUAGUGGAAUGGAAUGGAUUGUAAAGCAUGUUGUAAACUGGAUUUGAUGUCUUAUAAACCCAUGAGGGUUGGGCACUUUAUGUGCACGACACGAAAAUAAACUAUCUAUCUAUUUGUUUGAAAAUGGUGCAAAGAUAAAUCAAAUGUUGAAACUAAAAUUAUAUGUAUUUUUUAAGACGUAUGAUCAGCAACAACUCAAUGAACACCAAGGCAAUCUAAAGCAACCCAAUCCAAUCCACUUUAUUUAAAUAGCACAUUUUAAAAAACAUUCAAGUUUAGCAAAGUGCUGCACAAUAAAAUUAAGAGAACAAACACUGAAAAAAUGAAAAUAAAAACAGGUAAAAAACAUUUAAAAUGAAAUGAAAUAAAAACACAAAAGCAUAAAAGAACUAAAAGUGAUAAAAGGACAGAGAUCACACAACUAUCAUGCAACCCAGUGCAACAUCUCUACCCCAAAUUUAACCUUCCUUUUGCUCAUUUUCAGUUUUUAUUGGCGUAGUCAGAUAGGUGACUUUUGUUCUUUAUUUUUAGUCACAACUUUACAAUCAAUCCAAAGGACAAUCCUCGUCUUUCUCAUCACAAAAACCUGAAAUAUAGUAGAAUUUGUGGUGCAGCUGUCGUGUCGUCAAUGCCAAUGUCAGCUUUAUCUAUAUCGCACAUUUUAAAACAGCCAGUGGCCUACCAAAGUGCUUUACAGUAAAAUAGCCAGAGACAGUACAAACAAUAAAAACUAUAAAAACAAUAAAAUCAUAAAACAACAAUAUAGAUAAACAUAGCACAUAAAUAAAACACCCAAUAAAAGCAGCUACACUUCCCCAAAAGCUAAAGUGAACAGGUGCGUCUUCAGAAGUGUCAGUGUGUUCUCAUUUUAAUUCUGAUUCCAGCUGGGACAGUGACAAUAAAACACUGAAAAAUGUGCGAUGUCAAAAAAAAGAUUUCCCAACAUAACAUGACUGGGAUCCAAGAGAGGCGAUCCAGAGACGGCUGAGGCUCUCAGCUGUAAAGAUAAGAUGAGGUUCACCACAGUGUGAGAGACAGGGUGAAGAAACAGAUCAACAAGUCCUGGAUGAUGUUCCCCAGAGUGAAAAACUGCAAAGAUCCUUCGGUUUUUAUCAACUGCAGAACACAAUGUCCUGAAGAGAUUCAGAGAGUUUGAAGAUAUGAAGGAGAAAAGGGAAAAGAGAGCUGAUACUGGACGUUUGGGAUUCUUAGGCCAUCAAGCAGCACUGCAUUAAAACCAGACGUGUGUAAUGGAAGGUUAGAACUGAACCAUCCAAAAUAGAAAAGAUAUAUAAACCUGAUCCUAAAGUCUAAAGUGGAAAGCUUUCCUGUGGUCCUACAAUCAAAAUCAUUUUGGAAAUCAUGACCACAUCCUCCGCUCUAGAGAGGAGAGGGACCACCCAGUUUGUUUUCCACGCACAGUUCAAAAGCAAAGACCAGGAUGGUGUCUAGGAUGUAUAGGAGCACAUGGCACGGGUAAUUUACACAUCUGUGAACACUGAUUCUGGACAGCAUUUUUUGUCAUCCAGAAAAUGUCUUUUUUAAGGAAAACUUUGUAUUAUACAACAAAACGAUGCAAAAAUUGUAUCCUACAUGUAGCACAUCUGCAUCACUCUGUAGUAGAGGAGUCUGGGUGCUCUCUGGCCUCCCUGUAGUCCUGAUUUGUCUCUCAUUGAAGACGUUUUUUUUGCACCAGAAAUAGGACAAAGGAGACCCUGAAAGAAAUCCCAUAUUAGCCAAGAAUAGGACAUUUAACCGUCAAAGCUCCAGAGACUGAUCUCCGUGGUUCUCAUUCGUUUACAGAGUGAUGUUAAAAGAAGAGGUUAUGCAACACAAUGGUAAACAAGCUCCAGUGCUAAAUGAAUUAAAAUAAGUCUGUCAAAUUAAAGAUGAGUACAUUAACUCUAAGUUUUCAAUCCCAACAUUUGAUUCACUGUCUUUGCUCUUUAAACGGCCUUGAAAUAAUUUGCAAACCAUCACAGUCUGUUUGUGUCCACAUUUACAGAGUAUUCCAGCUUGUAUAGAUUGGGUUAUUAAAAAAGUUGAAGUCAGUGAUGUUCCUGUUUCGACCUGUGCGAGGCUAUCAUAUCUCCACCUUCAUAAGUUAAAGAAUCAUAAAGAUUAUAGAGGCAGAGAUUAGGAGUCCCGCUCUGACAGCAGUUUGAUUUUGUUGCAGCCUUUCCGGUCUCGGUGCAGAAUGGCUCCCUCCACCAGAAGGACACAGUCCACGACAAUGACUUUGAGCCUUAUCUUACUGGCCAGUCGAACCAGGUACAAAAUGAUUCCCUCAUAGAUUCAUUAUUAUCAAAUAUACAUCCUCCUCCUCCUCUUCCUCCUCCUCCUCGUAACAGACUGAUUUGAUUCUUUGCCUCUCUGUAGAAUAACAGCUAUCAGUCCAUGACAGACCCUUACCUGUCCAGCUACUACGCCCCCUCCAUUGGAUUUCCUUACCCUCUGAGUGAGGCUCCAUGGUCUACAGGUGGUGACCCACCUAUCCCCUAUCUAACACCCUACGCCCCCCUCAGCAAUGGAGACCACCACUUCAUGCACGACACUGUGUUCGGACAGCCGGGUGGGCUCAGCAGCAGCAUCUACCCUCACAGGUUUAACUUUUUCCCAGAGAACCCGGCUUUCUCCGCCUGGGGCACCAGCGGCUCUCAGGGCCAGCAGACUCAGAGCUCAGCCUACGGGGGGAGUUACAGCUACCCACCCAGCUCUCUGGGAGGCACCCUGGUCCCUGAUGGCCAGACUGGUUUCCAUAGUGACACCCUGAGCAAGGCUCCAGGUAUGAAUAGCCUGGAGCAGGGCAUGCUGGGCCUAAAAAUAGGAGGGGAUGUAACAGGAAGUGGCUCUGGUGUGAAGAGUGCAGGCUCUGUGAUCGGUGGUGGCGGCAGUGUAGCUGCAGCUGUUGCCACGGGCAACGGCGGCACACCAAUAGGAAUGCCCCCUCCGAAACCUACAUCGUGGGCUGCUAUUGCAAGUAAACCUGCCAAGAUGCAGCAACAAAAGGCCAAGAACAAACCUGGAACACCCAUAGCUGGUGGGGGUCUACCUCCACCCUCCAUCAAACACAACAUGGACAUUGACACAUGGGAUAAUAAAGGGACUAUGAACAAAAUGGCCCCUCCUCUGCCCCCCCAUCACCACCACCACCAGCAUCAGCCUCAGAUUCACUCUCACGCUGCCAGCCUCAUACCACCCCUUCAGCAGUCUAUACAGUCUGCCCAGUCCCUGGUGCAGCAGAUGACCAUGCCGGGUCCUCCGCCUCCUCCCCCACAGUCCUACCAGAACCACAACUCUGCCCCGACACCUCAGACCCGCUGGGUAGCCCCACGCAACCGCAACUUGUGCUACGGCGGAGGAAGCUUGGACAGCAGUGGCUCCUCUAACGGAGGCGGUGUCGGUAACGGAGGCGGAGGAGGCGGGAGCGUUCCGUCAGAGUCAGGGUCAGAGUCCCACCCGGUGCUGGAGAAGCUGCGAGCCGCUCACAGCUACAACCCCAAGGACUUUGACUGGAACCUGAAAAAUGGCCGAGUGUUUAUCAUCAAGAGCUACUCCGAGGACGACAUCCACCGCUCCAUCAAGUACUCCAUCUGGUGCAGCACGGAGCACGGCAACAAACGGUUGGACUCGGCCUUCAGAGCUAUGAACGCUAAAGGUCCCGUCUACUUGUUGUUCAGUGUCAACGGCAGCGGCCAUUUCUGCGGCGUGGCCGAAAUGCGCUCGCCGGUGGACUACGGAACAAGCGCAGGCGUUUGGGCGCAGGACAAGUGGAAGGGCAAGUUUGACGUGAACUGGUUGUUUGUUAAGGACGUGCCAAAUAGCCAACUGCGCCAUAUCCGCCUGGAGAACAAUGACAACAAGCCAGUCACCAACUCACGUGACACCCAGGAGGUCCCGCUGGAGAAGGCGAAGCAGGUGCUGAAGAUCAUCGCCCAGUACAAACACACCACCUCCAUCUUUGACGACUUCUCCCACUACGAGAAGAAGCAGGAGGAGGAGGAGGUGGUGAAGAAGGUGAGAGUGUUUAGACCUGACACUUGGAGUUAGACGAGACACUGAGGGGCUGUUUGAAAAGAAACACUCUAAACACUAUAGGAUGUCUCUUUGUUAGAGAGUUUUGACCAAUCAGAGUCCAGUAUUAGACACAGCUGGGAGAUAAAAUACUUUUAUUGAAAUGUCACAGUUCUUGUGGGAUUUUCUGAAGCGUAUACAUUAUAACCCUAGCUUAAAUGUGUAUAUAAUGGCAGUUAAUGUGUCGCAGCAUGUAUGUAGAAAAUUCAGUGUGGUAAACAGACAGCUGACACAUCAAUAAAUGUCUGCAUUCGGAAAAACGAUAUAUCAUAGUAGAAUCAAGGGUUUAUGUCUGCCUCUAUAACAAAUAAGACAGCUGCAGUUAGAGUUACAGAUGAGUUCAAUCACAGGACAGAUUUUGUUUUCUUAAUAUUGAUAUUAAUAUCGGCCAAAAUAGGUUUGGAUAUAUAUUUAAAUUCAUCAAAAAUUUUAUAUUAUAUAUCUGUAGUGGAGUUAUUAAUCCAGCUGUUUCUAGGUUCUGGUUCCACUACAGUCUGACUCUUAAGGUCCUUACACACCGGGGUCGACACGAAUAUAGAACGUGAAAUCACGAAAUUUUCAGUGGCGAAUUUUGUCGUGCCUGACUAUACACAUCAAGCCCGAUGCGAUUUUGCGACUUUCCGGGGGGAAAAAGACGCGUUCCAAGGAAGGCUUUUCCGAGGGAAAGUCCCGCCUCCUUCGCCUCUGAUUGGCUAAAAAAGCUGGAAACGUCGUCACACGCUCAAGCCAAACACUCAGCACUUAUAGCCAAUCAGAGGCAAAGGAGGGCGGGACCUUCCCUUAACGACCUACAGCGAGAAGACAAAAAUGGAGUCUACUUCAACUUCAAGUGAUGGCGAAUUGGUACUUCUUUUGCUUUCUCAAAAGAAAAAGAAACGUAGCACAUGGGUGCGUCCAAUAUUACAAAAAAGAAGAGAACUUGGUGAGUUUCACUGCUUGGCUCAGGAGCUGAAACUGGACCACUGUAUGUUGGCCAUGUUGGAUAUACCGGUGAAUCAGACGUCGCAACAACACGCAAUCUGAUUGGUCAGAGGUGGACACACAGAAUGUGAAACUUUAGAAAAAUUGACCGUGAUAUGAAAAAAAUAGAUGCCACAAUAUCGCAGAACGGGAAAACGUCGCUGAUGUGAACGCUUAUAUUGACAGGAUACUGUCAAUAUUGAUGUCCGAAAUAAUAAAUAAACUAAACCCGGUGUGAAAGGACCUUUAUGACUUAAGUGUGGCAGGUUACAGUGACAGGACCUCUGCACGUACACAUGUUGUGUUAAAAGAGAAAAAUUAAAAUUAAAAUGAACUAUCACAUCCUCUUCUCUAAGAAUCAGACGGUUGUCUUUCUGCUUGAUGAUAUUUGAUACAUUUUUAAAAAGUAUUUUAACCAUUAUUUUUAAUUUUCACAGACCUCAAAGUUGUAGUAUUUACAGGUUGUGGUUAUUUCCAGUGUGGUGUUAAAAUAAGUCUUUGACUCUAGUUUUCUUUCUUUUUUGAACAGAGCUAUGAACCUGCCUCAAUACAGAGCCGAUCCCGGAUGGAUCAGGUAAAGUCUACUACCUCCAUAAUCUGAGAAGAAUGAGCUGAGAAUAUUGAGAGGAGUAUUUUUCAUAGCAUGUCUGCAAAAUAAUCUGUAUUUACUGAUUCGUUUAGCCUUUAAUCUAAUCUAGUGUGUUUCUGUGUCUUUGAAUUUGGUCAUAAUUAACCGUUACGACAAAAACAGCCACUGUAGGGUCCAAAUAUCCUGAUAAAGCAACAUUGUACAGUUGCAUACAGGAACAGAAAGGUCUGAUGUCGCUGAUUCUGAUCAUGAAGAGAAGUCUAUGUUGUGUGACGUCCAGAUCAUUGGCUAUGCAAAUACACAAUCUGAUCGUGUCUGUGUGAGCGAGGUAAAACACUUCUUAGUUCCUGCUUUUAUCACCAGAAUUUACAGAAACUCAGCAGGGACAAGCAGAGCAAAACUGAUCUGAUCUUUAAUCUGAGAUUUUAUAAGAACAGGAUUGUCAGAAAAUUAACAUAGAAGCAGUUAAAUAGAAGAGGUCCUUGUGUUCAAAGUCAUAGACGUGAGAGAGAAGGGGAAUUUAAUCUCUGACACCAGGGCGAGCAGAGGAGUGAUAAGCAGAGGCGUGGUGUGACUUUGCUUUUUGUUUCUCUUUUCAACACAUAAUGACGCAGCAGUGGCAGGGUUUGUUAACCAGAAGAGCUCACAGAGGGAACUGUAACUCUGGCUGACUAUUCUGCAUGUUUAAACAGUUCCUUUUGAACUUAAUGCAUCGGGUCAUUUUAUUUAGGAUCCAUGAAAACAGUGAAAAUCCCUGAUCUAUUUUUUUUUUCAUCAGUGAUUUAAAGAUGUUUAUUCUUCUUUUCAGGAUCGUCAGAAGUAAACAGAAGAUGGUCGUCGACGAAAUGUAGAUGUAGAGGAAAAAUUACAAGGACAUGAAGAAAUUAAAACUAAUAUUUUUUUUUUUUCUAUUUAAUUUGUUGACUUUGGCCCCAUGAGAAACUUUUGACCCACACUGCUCCUGGUUCCCUCUUAUUUUAAAAUGCGUGCAGGGAUGAAGCUUGUUCCACCAGUCGAAUCGCUUCAAUAAUAUAUAUUUUGUUGUUUGUUUGUUUUUUUUUUCUGUUUUUUUUUUAGCCUUAUAAAUCUUUAUUGCUACCCCUGGAACUUGCAUUCUUGACUAAAUAUAAGUAACAAAUAUCUGCACGUCUGUUUUUGAAAAUCUCUUGACAACAUGCUGCUGAUAUUCAGUGACUGUUCACUUUGUGGUUUGUGUGUUGGAGAAAUGUUAAGUGCUUGUAUCGGUUAAUCUUAACGAGUGAACAACACUUUAUUGACAAAUGUCUGCUAUCUGUGUGUGGCCAGUUGUAUUUUACAUUAUCAGAAGAAAAAAGAGCUUCUAUAACACCCCGUUUUUGUUUGUUUUUGAUUUUUUAAUUUGUAAUGUCGGGGUGUCUUACUUUGGUGGGGAAUGUGUACACUGAAAGUUUCUGUUUGCAUAGACAUAAUCGUGAUGUUAGAGAGCGUAAAUGUUAGAAAUAUUUUGAAUAAUGUAUCACCUGGCUUACAAUGAUUUAAACUUAGGUGGAGAAAAAGUCUCUCUCCAGAGUGGAGCCUUAACAUUUCUUUCAGCACUAGUGUGAAUUCAGUUGUUUUUUGUUUUCUUCUUCUUUUCAGGAUUGUACCUCAAAAUUAUCAGCUGCAGAGAUUCAGGGAAAAGAGGUCCAGAGAUCAAACGCUCUUAAAGGUGGUCCCUCUCUUUCUUAUUCAAAGGAUAGAAAUACAAACCUAAUGUAGGUGUUUACGUUGAGUCGACACAAAAUUUCUGUCUGAUCCCCCUGCUAGAUUAUUUUGGUUCCCAAAGAGGUCUCUGAUAUGAAAUUCUGGAGGAAAUGUAGCAUGUAAUGCUUUUAAAACUCAAGCCAGGCCUCUCUCUUAGUUUCUUUGUUAGUUUUUUUUUUAUGUCUCUUCCUAACAUGAUUAUAAUCUCGGCAUCCUCAUUAUUUUCAUCGCUAUAACCUGUCCACAUCAUCCUCAGACAAUGUAAGCUUUAAUGUACCGGCAUUUCUAACUGAGAUUGCCUCAAAAUGUUUAACUGUAGCAUUAUACUUAACUGAUUUAUUGUCAAGUGUAUGAGAAACCCAGAGACUAGCCUAUAUGGUAUAUGUUUGUGACUUUUUUUUUUUUUUUUCUAAAAAUAAUUGCUUGCUGUAUUGUGUGUAUGCAGGAGUGAAAGAAAAGAGAGGGAGUAUGAUUGUGGAGCAAUCAGAGUUAUAUAACUGGUAUUGGAAUAUAGAAAAUUUAUGCAAAAAAAGUUUUAAGUCACCCCUGAAUUAAAUAUCCAUUGUAUCAGAGGUCACCAUCACAUUCUUAGAUUUAAUCAUGUUCAUUAUUAAAAAUAUACUUAUCUGUAA